AUGUCGAGGAGCAAGACGGACCUGAGAGCGCAAGGCUUCACCGUGAAGGCCACCAUGAAGAACUCCGUGGUGGUGGGCCCCCCGGCUGCAGGGGCUUUUAGGGAGCGGCCUUCCAAACCAACAACCUUUCGCAAAUUCUAUGAGCGCGGUGAGUUCCCGAUGGCACUGGAGCAUGACACCAAAGGGAACCGCAUUGCAUGGAAGGUCGAGAUUGAUAAACUGGACUACCACCACUACUUGCCUCUGUUCUUUGAUGGCUUGUGUGAGACUGUUCAUCCUUACGAGUUCUUCGCCCGCCAGGGAGUCCAUGACAUGUUGGAGCACGGAGGCCCCAAGAUCCAGCCCGUCAUUCCCCAGCUCAUCAUCCCCAUCAAGAAUGCCCUGAACACGAGGAACCGUCAGGUGAUCUGCACCACCCUGAAAGUCCUGCAACAUCUGGUGAUGUCUGGGGACAUGGUAGGAGAGGCUCUGGUUCCCUACUACAGACAGAUCCUCCCCAUUCUCAACAUCUUCAAGAACAUGAACAUUAACUCUGGAGAUGGCAUCGACUACAGCCAGCAGAAGAGAGAAAACAUUGGUGAUCUGAUCCAGGAGACUUUGGAGGUGUUUGAGCGCUACGGAGGGGAGGACGCCUUCAUAAACAUCAAAUACAUGGUGCCCACCUAUGAGUCCUGCAUGAUUAACUGA